UCGGGGAUCCCUUUAUGAGUUAUGUUCGGCCUUUUAGAUCCGUUAAUCUGAUCCUUUUCUCUCGCAGAUGUUUGUUCCUGAGGGCCGUCCCACACCCAACAACGACGUAGGAAUCAAGUACAACGUUAAGCAAAGGCCGUUCCCAGAAGAGGUCGAUAAGAUUCCUCUUGUCAAAGCUGAUGUCAGCAUUCCUGACCUGGAUGAUAUAGUCAGCAGGGAGGUGGGUUGUUUGGGCUGUGAGGAUGAUUCAGAAGCCACAAGUUCACUGAUGAAUAAAAAUGCUCACCUGGAAAUUCAACACGAUAAGCUUCGUACUCUGAUGACGAAGCAGAUAGAAUAUGAGAACUCUUUGGAACGACGCAGUGAUGAAAUCUUGAAGUCCAAGCCUUUUCCCGACCCACAGACGGACUGCAAACCCCCUCCGCCCUCACAGGAGUUCCAGACAGCACGRCUCUUCCUCUCACAGUUUGGCUUCCUGUCUCUGGAGGCACUGAAGGAACCCAACAACAGUCGUCUUCCUCCUCAUCUCAUCGGCCUGGACACAUCUUUGCCAGGAUUUUUUGAUGACAUCAGCUACCUGGACUUGCUUCCCUGUCGACCAUUUGACACCGUCUUUAUUUUCUACGUGAGAGCUGGACAGAAAAGCAGCUCUGAGAUCCUGAGGAACGUGGAGUCAUCAGCUACAGUCCAGCCCCACUUUAUGGAGUUCUUGUUGUCUUUGGGCUGGUCUGUGGAUGUGGGAUGCCACCCAGGGUGGACUGGACACCUGGACACCAGCUGGUCCCUGAACUCCUGCUCCGACACCAAUGAUAUUCAACAAGCAGAAGAAGCAGGUACUCCUGAGGACACAGGUGGUUCAGUGUUCAACGGAGAGAGGAAGGUUUUAUACUAUGCCGAUGCUCUGUCUGAGAUAGCCUUCGUCGUUCCGUCUCUAACAGAAAGCUCAGAGCAGUCAUCGGUGCACAGUGACUCCACAGUGGAGGCAGACACCAACACAGACCUCAUGCCUGGUAUACUUCGACAACACAAUCUCACACUGGAACUCUUCCCCAACCAUUCGGAGAACUUGGAGUCGGCCAAAAAGCUCAGUCCCUUCGUGAGGACAAAGAGGUCAUCGACUGGAAAGCCUUACCCCCAGCUGGGUCCUGAAACCAAGGUGUUUGUAGUCUGGGUGGAACGUUUUGACGACAUUGAGAACUUCCCGUUGUCUGAUCUUUUGGCAGAAACCAGUACGGGUUUAGAGGCCAGCCUGAGCAACAGCACUUCCUGCAGGUCGGUGUUACUAGAAAAGGARGUUCCUCUGAUCUUCAUUCACCCCCUGAAGACGGGACUUUUCAGGAUUCGGGUGCACGGAGCUGUAGGCAAAUUUGGCAUGGUGAUUCCUCUCGUGGACGGAAUGGUUGUCAGCCGCAGAGCUCUGGGAUUUCUUGUGCGUGAAACUGUCAUCAACGUGUGCAGACGGAAGCGCCUGGAAAGUGACUUGUACAACCCUCCUCAUGUGAGGCGAAAACACAAAAUAACAGAGAUUGUCCAGCGUUACCGCAACAAGCAGCUGGAGCCCGAGUUUUACACCUCGCUCUUCCACGAGGCCGGGGAUGGAAAGCCUCACCUCUAACCCCGCCCCCUCCUCCGUCCUGUCCCAACACUGGCUCACUGACACACACACACACACACACUCAUUCUAAACUUAGAUACCAUUUUCAACUGUGCGUGCACACAUACACACACAGAAUCUUUAUAUUUAUACUGUACUAUUUUGGUAUUUAUAUGAAAACAUAUAUCAACACGGUUUGCCUUUGACUCUGAGAUCAAAGUGUCAAGAACCAUGCCAAGGUAGAAAAACAUCCAUUUCUGUACUGCAGCUGCUUGUUGGAGCUCUGAAUGGCUGAAGUUUACAGUGACCGUCUCUCUCCUUGUUUAGGUUCAUGCUUUUUGACAAAAAUAGGAGUUUUUGCUCGUCUUUAAAUGCAAUACAUUAGUAACACUGUUGGCCUUUUGAACUUUUAAAACCCUAGGAUGUGAGUAAUUUUCACAAGGUUUGAUCAUAAAGYGUUGUCUUUAAAUCUGUUCUCGUUUUGGAUUUUUGUUUUUUUGCCAAUGUUUUGRGUUAUGGCCAAACAGAUUAUUCACAUCCAGACACCUGCUAUAGUCUUCCUAAUGUGAUCACGCAUUUGGCCGUUUCAGCAGCAAACAGAACUCAGAAAUAUUUGUGUUUUUCCUCAGACGAGUAAUGAUUUUGUGUUUAUUUACUGAACAUGAGUGUCAUUUCCAUAAGUGUGCUUUGUGCACGGUCAUCCUGUUACACAACCACCACUACACUGUGUGUGUGUGUGUGUGUACACGGCCAUUUGUGUGCUUGUUUAGCUAUUCAGUUGACACUAAAAGAGGUCACAGAACCUCAGAGGUCCCGCUCCUGGCGUUUAAAAAUAGAUUUGUCACUUUAGAAAACAUGGCUUUCAAGAUAAUACUGUUUUAAAUAUCUCAGCUAUUUUUUUGUUUCCUGUCACUCAAGCUAACAUUAGAAUAGGUUUACUCUCAAUGUUUGGGUUUACUGACAGUGCGAGCUGUUACAGAGCUCCUGGAGUUUGCACUUAAUGUUUGCAGGGCUAACCUAAAACGACCGAAAACGUAUUUUAGGCUCGACAUCUCUGCUGACACCAAACAGUAUGGCAGCGCAGUUUUAAGUGUCUUAAUCCUUCUGACAAAAUCUAAAAAAUGGAUCCACUGGCCAAAAUGCUCAAUGUAGCCAACAACAUAAAAUGAUACUGUGCAAAACCUCGGCCACCCUUUUUAUUGUUACUUUUUUUUGCUUUAAAAGAAAUAGACCAUAUUUUCAUCUUUAAACAGGUUUGAUCCAAGUUUAUUAACAGUUUUCAGUCGUUUUUUUGGAUAUUGUCUGUUUUUUGUUUUAGUUUCAGCAAAAUUAACUUUUUGCUUCUUCACUUAACACUGACAUUUUAGUAGUUUUAUCACAAAACAAGCAUCUACAGGUAAACUAAAGUUAGUAUCAUUUAUAGCUAAAAGCAUAUUAGAGUAUUUUUGGCUAAAUCUUAUUCAGCCUAGAAAAGGCAAGUGCAGCUGAACAACUUUUUAUUUAUUUAUUUUUUGUAAAUCUAAACAAAUUAGAUUUAUUGGUUAAUAUUUUAGGUUUAGGAGCCUUUUUCACUAGAAUUAUUCAUAGGUCAAACUUAAUUGGUGCACACAGAAAUAAAAAAUAAAUAAAACAUUUUUUUUCUGAAAAAAGUCACUUUUAAGUACAGGAUGUAAAAUAAAUAAAAAUAACAGGCAAAUUUCUUAAGAGAACUUAUGGGAAAAACAAAAACUCAAAAGUAUUCUUGACACUAGUUUGUAAAUUACCAUAAAGASUGUUUCUUUAAGCAAACAACAACAACAAUAAAAAAAAAGGACUAACCGGUGGCAUGGGACUUUGCACAGUGCUGUACAAACUGUUUUUUUAACCCAUAAAGAGUAAAUUUUCAUUUAAGCUCAAAUAGUUACAAAAAUGUGCAGAUUUGCCUUCACAAAAUGUUAAUCAAACUUUAUUUUUAUGAUUUUUCUUUUGUUUAUUCACUGUACCUUUUUGUUUUGUUUUAAGUCCUCUGACUGUCUGCCUGUAACAAUGUGAAUUUAUUUAUCACAGACACGGGACAGGGCAAACACCUCUUAGUUUCUAUGAUAUAUUGGAAAGUCUUAUUGCACUGAGCAUAUUGUUUUUUUUGUUACCUUACAUGUCUUUUCUACUUUUUUGUGCAUUUUGGAAGAAAAUCCCUGCUGAAGGAAGAGUUUUAUCUUGUGAUAUAUGAGUGAAGAAGAGGCUUUGUGGAGUUUUUAACCUAUGUCUAAUUGUGACUCACUUUUUAUGACGGUGCUGUACGCACAUGCCUUUUUUUGGAAGGAAAGUACAUUAAAUACGCUUCAAAGAAACUACACACAAUCAGUCACACGUUGUAUCCUGUUACUCUUCUAAUGUUUUGAUCGUAUUUAAGGACUUGCCAUGUACAGAAGUGGAAGAAUAUGUAAAUAAGCGAUAGCAUAAGGCAUUUAGAAGUUGUCCGUUGCAUUCUGCGUCUGAGAUGGCCAACAAAAUGUAUGUAUGUUUGUAAUUAUAUGCAGAAGGGAACACAGUGGGUAUUGAAUGUAACAUGCAUUAAUUAAAACCAUUAUUGACAUUUUAAUUUCUCCACUUUUUAAUAAAAUGUCAUUUCCAUGCCUUA